GUGUAAACCUUGGGCACAGCUGACAGGCGUCGCUGACAGCGCGAUUCGCAAUGAGAAAAAUAAUAAAACACAAGUGUUGUUUUUAAUCGCGUUGAUGUGUUGUUGAUACUUGCUUUCAUCGUUCGAUUUCCGGCGGGUGUGUAAAUACGGGCUGCAGGUGCUUAUGUAAAAAAUAGUACCCCGAAAGUGCAGCGUACAGGGGCAGGCUCGUCAAAUCCGGAUAGAUCCUUUUCGGUUGCCCUUGAAACCGGGUUCCUUAACCUUGCUCAACUAGCAUCUGGAUUGCUGACGGAAGAAUCUACAUCCUACAACUAGCAACGAUGGCAGCUAUGGGACGUAAAUUGCUGAACAACCUGAAAAGCAAAGAGUUCAGGGAGUAUUUGAUGAGCACCCACUUUUGGGGACCGGUCGCCAACUGGGGCAUUCCCAUUGCGGCGCUCGGUGAUCUGAAGAAGGAUCCGAAGAUUAUAUCCGGAACGAUGACGACCGCCCUCUGCCUGUACUCGCUCGUUUUCAUGCGCUUUGCGUGGAAAGUUCAGCCCAGGAAUAUGCUGCUUUUCGCGUGUCACAUCACAAACUUUACGGCCCAAGGCAUGCAAGGUGCUCGGUUUCUCGAGUACCACCAUAUGGGCGGUAAGGAGCGGAUGAAGAAGGCCGAAGCUCAACAGGUGGCAUAAAUUGCUGCCAACUACCAUGAAGUUACUAGCAACAUCACACCGAACGCUCGAAUUGGCAAUGUCCUGGGAAAUGGGGUUAGCGCGGCGCAGAUAGUGUAAUCGUAACGAUGAAACGAACCGAUAUUAGUCUUGUUGUGUGAAAGCAAAACAUGUGUGUGUGCGUACGUGUGAGUAUAAGAAUAGUUAACAAAAGUCCUUGGAAACAACAGCACAAACGAAAACACAACUACAAGAAUCUUCGAACAAAACAGUGUUCACCCAACGAGGAAUGCGCAACGCGGGGCAGUGAUAAAACUCUAGUAACGGGUGCUAAAAGGGAACGAUCUAUAUAACAUAAGUAUAGCAACACUAUACGGGAACAAUACGUACCUGUCGGCGGGAAUACAGGUGUAACUUUUAAAAACAGCUCUUAUGCACAACUGUUUCGGCACAAGCAGUGAGGGUAGAUGCUUUUUUCCACUCUAGAGAAUAGAUGUUUUUUAGAUACAUUUUGCAAGCAAACGGUUUUAUGCACGCGAACAAUUUUUCAGACGCACGUUUAAAGUUUACAAUUCAUCUGAUGUCGUUAUUAGAGGGUAGACUAGUGGUAGACGCAAAGUAGUUGGCAGUAGUACGAAAUUUUGUUGCUCCACCAUAUUUGAGAAGCAAGCAAGGAAAAUCCCGACCUUUUCCCGGCUACCCGCAACUUCUCUUCACGUGCCCUCAUUUCUGUCCGUUUCCCGUUCGUUCGUUCCAACAAAAGACAGGCCAAUCCGUCAUGAUCUUCCUUUUUUUACGAAAAUAUACGACCAGCAGAGCGAUAGGAAUUGGCGUUUUUACCACUUACCACUACAAAAAGCUACGCAACGAAACGCUGUGGUGUAACAUUCUAGUGCAGGACUUAGGACUUUCUCAAGGAUUUAAUCAACAGAAACCAUCCAGCGCGGUCCAGUAUGGGACUCUCUGGGUGGGUGGUUUCUCUAUUGUGUUCUAUUUUGACUACAAGUUAUGUUUACCAGUGGACCUGUAAGGUGUAUUUUUAUACUGUGUAAAGAAAGAGAGGGAGAGAGAGCGUAAGAGAUUCUGUUUAUUUGUUGACAAUAAAGAUGAGGUGUAGUCACAACA